UUCCUAAUCUGUAGUUCAGCUUCAACUUGAGGAGGAGGAACUGUUCAACUGAAAAGUUACAACCUCCACGGCUGCAUUCUUACACAUUUAUUGAAAACAGAACGUGAAAAAGUUGAAAUGAAGAAGCCUGCUCUCCUCUCUGCAGUCCUGCUGCUGCUGUUUUUUGUUGGGACAUCAGCUCAGGGUAACACUAACUUCAAAGUGCAGGUGAAUGUGUCACCCAAGAACAUUAAGACCUACAGCACUUCUACUGCUUAUAGAGGAAGCCUCUUCGGUGGACUGACGAGACUGAAAUACUCAAACCAAGGUUUCAACUUUCAGUACAUACCAUAUGAUGACUAUGGACCAUUCCUUCAGAGUGUAAAUGGUUUGGCAGGAAAUUCAUCAUACUACUGGCAACUGCUGAGUGGUACAACCCCACUCGAUGUUGGUAUGGGAUGUUACCUUCCAACAGCAAAUGAAGUCGUCACCCUGAAAUACACGAAAAUUUAAGACCAUCUAAAGUCUUAUUGUGACUUACGGUCAACCAAUACACUUUGAUCUUUGGCAAGUUGAGGUUAAUAAUUGACUUGUUGUGUCAUUUUUUUGCUUGGGAGUCUUCUAAUCAUAAAACGGUAGCCUAUCACUAGCUUACAUUCUUUUACUGGGUUUCUGUCAGACUUUAUGAAUUAAGAUUACAGCGUUAAUCUACAAUUCUGCCACAGUGUAGUAAUCUGGAGUAAGAGAAAACUCCAUCAGUCACAAGAGCAAUCAGUAAAACAUAUACAACACUUGCGUAUUAGUCAACUGAAGUUCUUGAACUGUUUUUUAAUUUACUGCCUUUAUGGCAACUUUUAUUGUGUUUGAGAGCAAUUAGUAGUUUCUCAACUUGCCCCUGAGUGCCAUAAUUUUACGUUCAAAUUCCAUUAUUUGAUGCUUACAAGUGCUCUCAGUUUUACUGUAAAGAGAUGGUGUGGUUAUACAGUAGACUGCCCAGAGGCUGCUGGCCAGCAAAAACAGCAAGGGGGGUCAGCUGCUGACUCCAUGUCAAAAUAGCUUCUUUAUCCUGCAAAUCAAGUUAUCAACAGCUUGCGAGUCAAAAGGCUUCUGAGAUUGACUGGGCUGCUGACCUCCCCUAUUUUUGAGCUUUUUGGGGCUCCUAGAGGGGUGUGAGAGGGGCAAAAUAAGAUCAAAUUCAUUGUUGAAUCAUUUUUGUAUGAGUGCAUUUUUAUUGUUGAAUAAAAUGUUACUGAUUAUUAGUGUUAUCUUCUGCAGGCAUUAAAUAAAACAUGUAACUUGUAGUCAACGUACAAUGUUUCUAGCCUUGGUUUGUUUUAUUUUUAGACAAGUUUUAUUUAAAGUGUUGUUAGCAUGUCCACCAUUAUAUAUCCUAAGACUAAGAAAGGUCUAGACCGAGGAUGUGAAAAUUAAGACCAGAGGCCAGAAACGGCUGUGAGAUUAUCAUACUAUCUUAUGCCACCUUAUCCUUCUAAUCAAAGAAUUGUUGAAUCAUUAUACAGCUAUAGGCCACAUUAUGCCUUGGAUUAAAAAUUGUGAAAUCAU